AAGGAAAACUGCGGUGAACACGUUGCCUCUGCCUACGAGUGCCUUGCCCCGCCUGCUUUCCGCGGAGAUUUGUUCCGAUUUUGUGCCCUCCACACCACGGGUGGUGUGUACAUGGACGCCGACAUGCUUCCGCUCGUUCCCAUUGAUGAUCUCUAUGAUCCUUGCGCCGUUGCUACUGUUGGACAUGACUGGCCCCAAGGUCGCCCCCAGAAGCAGAUGAAGAUCCUUGCCGGACGCGCUGGAGCUCCUAUCUUUAAGUGCAUGCUUGACAAGAUCGUUGGAAACGUCAAGUCCCGAUACUACCCAACCAACCCCCUUGCUCUCACCGGACCUAUGCUCCUCCACGAGUGUUACGAGGAUCACUCUGAAGGAGUAAGUGUCACCUACCGCGACACCCGUAAUGCCGCCUACCCUUACUCCGGUAUGCGCGCGGGAGACGACCUUCUCGCCUUCGAGAUCCCUGCCCACAACAAGAACUACAAGAUCGACUUUGACGAUCACGAGGUGUACCGUGACACCUGCUCUUUCGCCGAUGAYGCUGCCGUUGGCGCCACCGCCGSCUCCAUGUAAUCACACCAGUGAUAGUGUUUCGAAUCCGAAUCUGUGAAUCGAAAAGAAAUCGAACGACCCAUAUUACUAUAUCUGUGAAAUAAAUACACCAAUAGAUCAACUGUGAACCGGGCAAAACAUUCGUUAUGGUUUUGGCUCGGGUCGUUGGCUUAUUGCGUCCUAGUUUACCAUAAAAUUAAGAAUUUAAC